AUGUCUUUCCUAGAGCAACGUUUAUUUCAUUGUUUCUUGAUGUUUCUGAUAUUCUUUUUCACCCUUCAUAUUUUUUUAUUUAUUUCUCUCUUUCUUUUUUUCUUUCUUUCUUUUGAAAAUAGUCGUGCUUUCUUACCUACUCGCAUUUUUUUGUUUUGCUCCCUUUUCUUUCUUUCUUUCUUUCAAUUUCUCUUUCUUUCUUUCUUUCUUUCUUUCUUUCUUUCUUUCUUUCUUUCGUUUCACUGUACUCUCUUUUUUUGGUCUCUGAACUUUCUUUCUUUCUUUCUUUCUUUCUUUCUUUCUUUCUUUUUAAAAUAUUCUUUAUUUUCCCUAAUUUUCUUUCUUUCAUUCUUUUCUUUCUUUCUUUCUUUCUUUCUUUCUUUCUUUCUUUCUUUCCUCUCCAAAAUUUCUUUUCUUUCUUUCUUUCUUUCUUUCUUUCUUUCUUUCUUUCUUUUGAUAAUAUACUUUCUUUUCUCCGUAAUCCCGUUUUUGUUUCACUCUCCUUCAAUCUUUCUUUCUUUUGAAAAUUUUAUUUUCUCCUUACUCUCAUUUUUUUGGGUUUCACUCUUUCUUUCUUUCUUUCUUUCUUUUUCUUUCUUUCUUUCUUCGAAUAUCAGAUGUUGUUCUCAGGCUCAUAAAUCUCAUUAUCUGUCCGCUGUGAACGGCAGGGUUUUCGCUGGACGUAACCCAAGUUCGCUCUCGAGACACUGGAAACGAAAAGCGUCGAUAGGAGCCGAACUUCAGUGUCAAGCGGUUGUCAACCUCCCCCACUAUUUCCCCAAAGCUUGCUAUUCGCUCCACCUGGUGUCCAUUUCUCUCUCUCGCUAUCUCCCCUAUCUCUUUCACUCUCUCGUUAUCUCCCUCUCUCUUUCUCUCUCUCGCUAUCUCCUCUAUCUCUCGCUCUCUCUCUCUCUCUCUCUCACGCUUGCUAUCUCCCCUCUCGCUUUCUCUCUCUCAUCCCCCCUCUUUUUCUCUCUCUCACUAGCUCCCCUCUCUCUUUCCGUUUCUCUCACUAUCUCCACUCUCUCUUUCUCUCUCUCGCUAUCUCCCCACUCUCUUUCUCUCUCUCGCUAUCUUCCCUUUCUCUUUCUCUCUCUCGCUAUCUCCCCUCUCUCUUUCCCUUUCUCUCACUAUCUACCCUCUUUAUUUCUCUCUCUCGCUAUCUCCCCUCUCUCUUUCUCUCUCUCGCUAUCUCCCCUCUCUCUUUUCCCCCUCUCUUUCGCUAUCCCCCCUCUCUUUCUCUCUCUCGCUAUCUCUCUCUCUCUCUCUUUCUCACACACACACAUACACAUGCACCCCCAUACAGAUAUAUGA